GGAGGAGCUGCAGCCGGAUCGCGGCGGCGGCGGCGGCUCCGGCGGAGCCCCCGAAGUUUGCGGUGCCGGCGGAGGGCGGCCCUCGUCGUUCAGUUCCCUCUGUCCCGCCGCUUCCCCAGCUCCCAGCGGGAGGGAAGGAGGGAACCGGCUCACCGGCAGGACGGGCCCCCAGCCCCGGCCCGGGACGGGGCGGGCCGGGCCGGGCCGGGCCGCGCCGCGAUGAAGAAGCCGGACGGGAAGGUGGUGCUGCUGGGGGACAUGAACGUGGGCAAGACCUCCCUGCUGCACCGCUACAUGGAGAAGCGCUUCCAGGAGACGGUCAGCACCGUCGGCGGCGCCUUCUACCUCAAGCAGUGGGGGCCGUACAACAUCUCCAUCUGGGACACCGCAGGGCGGGAGCAGUUUCAUGGCCUGGGGUCUAUGUACUGCAGAGGAGCAGCUGCUGUGAUCCUCACGUAUGAUGUGAACAGCCUCCAGAGCCUGACAGAGCUGGAAGAGAGAUUCUUGGCGCUGACGGACAGCGCGAGCGCCGACUGCAUUUUUGCUAUUGUUGGAAAUAAAGUUGACCUCACCGAUGACUGUGCUUUACCACCGGACGAAAAUAGACCGGAGAAGUCCGCUGCCAGCUGUGGCUCCAAGGUGCGAAAACAAGUCCGUGCAGAGGAUGCCAUCGCUCUCUAUAAAAAGAUACUGAAAUACAAAAUGCUGGAUGAGAAGGACGUUCCGGCAGCUGAGAAGAUGUGCUUUGAGACCAGUGCGAAAACAGGAUACAAGGUGGACUACCUCUUUGAAACUGUGUUCGAGAUGGUUGUCCCCAUAAUCGUACGGCAGAAAGCAGAAGGGCCACCCCAAACUGUAGAUAUUACUGACUACAAGCCAGCAAAAAGGACAAAAUCUGGUUGUUGUGCCUGAACUGUUUACAUAACAUAAGAAAAGGGGAGGGAUUUUUUUGCUCCCGCAAACUGAGGAAUAAGAAGUGCUUGCAGUUCACCAGAAAGAAAAAAGUCGAAGAAUAAAUAGAUGAAAUGGUGUACGUGGAAAAAAACAAAUUUUGUGAUCAUGAAAAGUUUCUGGGAAGCUCUGUGUAUGAAAAGUGGGAAUGUGAGUGAAGUUGUGGAGGAAGACCUGCCAGUUUCUGAAGACAAAUGGUGUGUUAGCACAAUUGGUAGUGACAAUCUGAACGGUUUUGAAGGAGUCUGAUUUUUUAAUGACUCACCAUUUCAUGUUGCAUGUAAAUGAUCUAUUUGUGUACUCUCGACAGCCUUUACAUGAUUAUCGUCUUUCCCCUUGUGAUUCUAACUUUGGAAGAUUGAACACAUGGUACUUUUUUACUCUUAAAAGAAAAAAAAAAAGAAAAUCCAGGUAUAAUUUAUAUUUGUAGCAAAUAAUUCAAUUACAGUCUUUUUAUGUCAGAUAUGACAGUGUAAGAUUCAGAAGCUGUACUAUUAAAAUAAUUGUGAAUAUGUACUGUUCAUUUGGAGACUUUAUUCAUGUGAAUCCUUCUUCCAUAGUGGGCUUUCAUGUACUAACAGGCAGUGUGUCACAGCUCUUCCUGCCCUAAUUAUAAGUUGCAGGAGGAA